AUGGCUACCAACGACCCUACCAUUGAAAAAACCGCCAUUUUGGCCAAAUAUCUAGACCUAGAUCAACGCGGAUCUGUGAUCGCCGAGUACGUGUGGAUCGACGGCUCUGGAAACGUGCGGUCCAAGGGCCGCACGUUGUCCAAACCCGUCACCAGCGUGGACGAGCUUCCAGAGUGGAACUUUGACGGUUCGUCAACGGGCCAGGCGCCCGGCCACGACUCAGACGUGUACCUAAAACCCGUGGCGUUCUACCCAGAUCCUUUCCGUCGUGGUGACAACGUGUUGGUCCUAGCAGAGUGCUGGAACAACGACGGUACCCCAAACAAGUUCAACCACCGUCACGAGGCCGCCAAGCUUUUCGAAGCCCACCGUGCUGCUGACAUCUGGUUCGGUCUAGAACAGGAGUACACGCUCUUUGACGCCUCAGACAAGGUGUACGGCUGGCCCACUAACGGGUUCCCAGCACCCCAAGGUCCUUACUACUGCGGUGUUGGUGCCGGCAAAGUGUACGCCCGUGACGUGAUCGAAGCCCACUACCGUGCGUGUCUGUAUGCUGGCAUCAGAAUCGCCGGUAUCAACGCCGAGGUCAUGCCAUCGCAAUGGGAAUUCCAAGUCGGUCCUUGCACCGGUAUCGAAAUGGGUGACGAGCUAUGGAUGGCCCGUUACCUCAUGACCAGAGUCUCUGAAGAGUUUGGCGUCAAGAUCUCGCUCCACCCUAAGCCUUUGGCCGGCGACUGGAACGGUGCAGGCUGUCACACCAACGUCUCCACCAAGGAGAUGCGUGUUCCAGGUGGUAUGAAGUACAUCGAGGAAGCCAUCGAAAAGCUAAGCAAGAGACACGUCGAACACAUCAAGCUAUAUGGUGCCGAUAACGAUAUGCGUUUGACCGGUCGCCACGAAACCGCCUCCGUGACCAGCUUCACGUCUGGUGUUGCCAACCGUGGUGCCUCUGUUAGAAUCCCAAGAUCUGUUGCCAAGGAAGGCUACGGAUACUUCGAAGACAGAAGACCAGCUUCCAACAUCGACCCUUACUUGGUCACCGGUAUUAUCUGCGAAACUGUUUGCGGUGCUAUUGACAACGCUAACAUGACCAAGGAAUACGAGAGGGAAAGUGCUUGA